AUGGCUAUCACUAUCGAGAUAUCCGACGAUGAGCUGGAGUACGCUCCCGUGUCGACGGACGUGGUGACAAGGCGGGUGGGCAAGAGGAAGCGGACGCCGUCUCAGCGGUUCGAGGACUCGAGGGUGCACGCGGAGGUAAAGAAGGCGCGUAUGGAUACGAAGAAGAAGGUGACAGCCGCGAACCACGACCGGAAAGGCGAGAUCGAGUUGGCGCAGAAACGCUGGGUCCACGCGCACAGGGCUCUCUUCGAGGACGUGCUGCCGCCGAAGAAUCCGUAUCUGGCGUCGGUGGAGAAGGAGAUGCAGUCGAAAGCUGGGCGCGGAAGUCAUGUACCGUUGCGGCAGCUUGACGAGCAGCCCAGCCUGGUCACGGGUGGUUCACUCAAGGCUUACCAGAUGACGGGCGUCUCAUUUCUCGCGUGGAUGUACGACAACGGCAUGAACUGCAUGCUCGGCGACGAGAUGGGACUCGGAAAGACUCUGCAGACGCUCUCGCUCAUGGCAUAUGCCAAAGAACACCACCCCCACGACCCGCCUCAUCUCGUCAUAUGCCCACUAUCUGUACUGGACACAUGGGUCGCCGAAGUCGCACGUUGGGUUCCAUCUUUCCGUGCCGUGCGCUGUCACGGCAGCGCGAGCGAGCGCGCAGAGACCAAGCACAAGAUUACGCAGACGCCUUCGAAGGUCGAUAUCUGCGUGACGACUUAUGAGGCUUACCGCGCGGACCAUCAGUGGUUUAAGAGGCAGCGUUGGAAUAUAUUCGUGCUGGACGAGGGUCAUCGGAUUCGGCAUUCGAAUACUGAGAUUAAUCAUACGAUUCAAGGCCAAGGGUCUCUAUACCGCCUGAUUCUUACCGGGACGCCCGUGCACAAUGAUCUGAAGGAGCUAUGGUCGUUGUUCCGCUUCCUCUACCCCAGCAUCUUCACUGCCGCCUCACAGCGUAAUUUUGAGGAUUCCUUCGACCUGUCUCGCGGUCUCUACGAGGCUGCAUUCACUUCGGCCUGCCGCCGUCUGCUCGACCGCGUCAUGCUCAGGCGCACUCAUGCCGAACCUGAUAUUGCGAAGGAGAACGCAGUGCCUGAACGUGAAGAGAUCACUAUUCGCAUCCCUCUCGGACCCGCGCAGCGCUUCUGGAUGUAUAGGCUGCUCACCCGCCAAGACACGCUCACCAUCGGCGAUAUCUUCCAAGCGCAGGCAGAUGGCCAUGGUGACGACGAUGAGAUGAAGGCCAUUGUGCAACGACAGAUGCAGCAGUCGCCAAAGGAAGACAAGACUUGGAGGCGCUUGAUGAACCUCCUCUUGCAACUUCGUAAGGUCUGCAAUCAUCCAUAUAUGCUUCCCGGAGCGCAGCCAGAACCAUAUUAUCUCGGAGAGCAUCUUGUUUCCGCGUCCUCGAAGAUGGCCAUGAUCGACAAGCUGCUUGCGGAUAUCAUCGGCAAAGGCGAACGCGCCCUCGUCUUCUCGCAAUUCAACAGCAUGCUCAACCUCAUUGAAGAUCUUAUGAAUCUCCGCGGUAUCAAAUAUUGCCGUCUGGAUGGCCAAACAAGCCGCGCGAGGCGCAAACUGGAUAUCAGGCUGUUCCAGGCAGAGGACUCGCCCUAUUCAGUCUAUUUGGUUGCUACCAAGGCCGGAGGGUUGGGUAUCAACCUGACGCGUGCAUCGCACGUCAUCAUGGUGGACCGUGACUGGAACCCGCAGAACGAUCUACAAGCUAUCGCGCGCGCUCAUCGCAUCGGGCAAACUAAAGUCGUUAAGGUGUACUCCUUGAUCUGCAGCGGGACCGUCGAGCAACAGAUGGAGGACCGCAUCAACCGCAAACUGUUCUUGUCGUCCAAGAUGAUGGGCAGCGGCGACGGGGCCGGCGACGAUCACGCCGACAGCCUCAAGCUCCAAGAACUGCUCUCUAUCAUGCGCAUGGGCGCGACCGCUCUGGCCGACGGCGCGACUACGGCCGUCAUGCCCCUCCACGAGUUCAACCAAGCCGACGCGAGGACCAUCCUUGCUGCCGCGCGUAAGCAGGAGAAGAAGCGCCGUGCGGAACUCGAGCGUGGCUCUGAUACGCCUACGACUCGGACGGACUCUGAUGUUGCGGAGGAAGAGGAGAACAUGCGCAGGGUUGCGAGGGUGUUCAGCCGGCUGUUCGAGGGGAAGCUCGUGGCAAGGCCUGUGGACCGCUCGAAGGCGUGGGAGCAGGCGGAGAACGAGAAGGCGGCGGGUGUGUGGCAGGAGAUCCAGAAGCGCGCGAGGGUCGAUCGGCUGGUUACGGUCGAUGGGAUGCAGUUCGUUGCGGAGCAGGUUUUGGCGCCGGGCGAUGCGGCUUCGAGAGAAGAAGCACUACGAGAUGAUGCACCAGCCAAGAAACCGCGCGGUAUUCAAGCACACGAGCCAUGGUGCAUCGUCUGUCGCGACGGUGGAGAGCUGUUUUGCUGCAAUCAUUGCCCUCGAGUCGUCCACGCAGAAUGCAUCAGUCUGAGCGUCCGGGAAGCCCGUAAACAGCCAAUGAUCCGUUGUCCUCAACAUAGGUGCAUGAAGUGUGAGCGCCAAUGUUCGGACGCAGGUGGCAUGCUUUACAGAUGCGAAACAUGCCCAAACACGUAUUGCGAUGACUGCCUGCCCGACGGCAAGUUCUGGUCUGUAGGCGAAUCCUGCCCGGUCCAGGAAGCGCUGGGCUUUUCCCGUCAAGCGACGGCCUACUUUAUGCGCUGCCAUCCUUGUCAGAAGCGGUUUAAGAAAGAUUCUAACUGGGAGGGCUGGGAGGACGAGAUACGUGAGGCAGAGGAGAAGCUCGCGCGUAUGUACCAGAGUAACUGA